AGAAGUUUGGCAUUAGCCGUGAAGACUCGGCAAGGAGUGUUGUAUGUGAGCGUGUGCUGUUCUUUGUUUUUGUUGUGGCUGCUGUUAAAUUAUCGUCUUAACUGCUGCUCCCGUUUUGGACAUACAUUUGGAGUCACAAUACGAAUCAUUCUUGUGUUCUUGGAGAGCCUUUUUCACAUUGCAAAAUGAGCUUUUUGUUUGGGAGUCGCUCGUCGAAGACGUUCAAGCCGAAGAAGAACAUUCCGGAAGGCUCUCACCAGUACGAGCUGCUGAAGCACGCGGAGGCCACGCUGGGGAGCGGGAACCUGCGCAUGGCCGUCAUGCUGCCCGACGGCGAGGACCUCAACGAGUGGGUCGCCGUCAACACUGUGGAUUUCUUCAACCAGAUCAAUAUGCUCUACGGGACUAUCACUGACUUCUGCACCGAGGAGAGCUGCCCGGUGAUGUCAGCCGGGCCCAAGUAUGAGUACCACUGGGCUGAUGGCACCAACAUAAAAAAGCCAAUCAAGUGUUCCGCACCAAAGUAUAUUGAUUAUUUGAUGACCUGGGUGCAGGAUCAGCUGGAUGACGAGACUCUCUUCCCAUCAAAAAUAGGUGUCCCGUUCCCCAAGAACUUCAUGUCCGUUGCCAAAACCAUCCUGAAGCGCCUGUUCCGGGUGUACGCCCACAUAUACCACCAGCACUUUGACGCGGUCAUCCAGCUGCAGGAAGAGGCCCACCUGAACACGUCAUUCAAGCACUUCAUUUUCUUUGUUCAGGAAUUUAACCUGAUAGACAGAAAGGAACUGGUCCCGCUCCAGGAAUUGAUUGAAAAACUGACCUCCAAGGACAGAUAAAUAGACUCGGAAGAAUAUGUUCAUCCGACAAACCUCCUCUAGUUUCCCUUUGUCUCAUACAGAAAACCUGGCUUUGCUAUAUGUGCUACAGUGUGUGAUAACGUUAAGGGAACAUUUCUUAGAAAGUUAGGGAUAAGGCAGCUUUUGAUUCUUUGCAACGUGAUGACGGCAGAUCUUAUUGUAGGUGAGUGACUUUGACUGGGUUAACUUUUACAUUGCUGGGUGAAUUAUAGCCAUGUUCCACUGAUGUUCUAAACCCUUCUCAAGAUUUCAAGACAUUCAAGUGCCUAUAAUGGUUUUCCUCAACACUGUAACAAAUCUACUGAACAUUGACAACAUCCACUAUAUAGGUUUUUCAAAUACUUAAAACAAUAUAGAUGGUUUACACCUAUUGUUGUUUUGUCUGUACACAUUCUGCUGUAUAACUGACUUGCCUUUGGGGAGUUUAUUAGAUGGUACUUUUGUAGAGGUUGGGGAGUUUCCAAAUGUACAUUUGUACACAUUAAGGACAUGAUUAGUAAUGCAUGUGCCAGCUUUGGUAGGACAGAGAUCCCCUUGUUUUUAUCCUUUUUAGAUACAGCAUGAUAACGAAGAUUGUCGGUCAGAUGGUGAAGUCUGAUGAGGAGUUGGAGACCGUUCAGUAUUAUGUGCAAGCGAUAAAGCUUGAAAUGUACAACUUUCAAAGAGCUAUAAUCUGGCGAUUUAUGUACUAGGACUUCUGUAGUUCAAUACACAAGUCUUUGAAUGUUCUAUAAAAAGUUUGCUUGAUGCGCUGAUGGAUGGCUCAUCCUGUAAAGGCACCGUUUCAGCAUGUGUGGAAUCCCCACAGUCUAAUUAGGUGCUGAUUGGCCCUGC